GAAGGGGUGCAACGAUGGUUCUAGUAACAGACCUUGCCUCAGCCGUGGAUCAUGUUCCUGAAAAAUUCGUCCGACCAAUCUCCGACCGUCCAACCCUGUCGGAGGCCGACAACUCCGGCGAUUCGAUCCCUCUGAUCGAUCUCCGGGAACUCCAUGGAUCCCGUCGAACCGAUGUUGUUCUUCAGCUUGCUCAUGCAUGCCACUCUUAUGGCUUUUUCCAGAUAAAGAACCAUGGAGUUCCAGAGACAACAGUCUCCAACAUGCUAACAGUAGCGAGAGAGUUUUUCAGACAACCCGAAAGCGAGAGGCUGCGACAUUACACAGCCGACACGACGAAGACGACAAGACUCUCCACGAGUUUCAACGUUAACUCGGAGAAAGUCUCCAACUGGAGGGACUUCCUCCGUCUCCACUGCCAUCCACUCGAAGAAUUCCGCCAUGAAUGGCCCUCGAGCCCUCCUUCUUUCCGAGACACAGUUGCAGAAUACUCGACGGCCGUGAGAAAGCUCGUGCUGGAUCUGCUCGAGGCCAUUUCCGAGAGCUUAGGGCUUUCGAGCGAUGGAGUGGAGAAGAAGCUGGGCGGGCACGGACAGCAUAUGGCCAUCAACUACUAUCCGCCAUGUCCGCAGCCCGAGCUCACUUUCGGACUCCCUGGUCACACAGAUCCUAAUCUGAUCACUGUCCUCCUUCAAGAUGACGUGUCUGGUCUGCAGGUCUUUAGGAAUGGCAAGUGGGUUUCUGUCCAUCCUGUCCCUAACACCUUCAUCGUCAAUAUUGGUGAUCAGAUGCAGGUGAUAAGCAAUGACAAAUACAAGAGUGUGCUCCACAGGGCGGUGGUGAACAGCGAGAAGGAGCGUAUAUCGAUCCCUACCUUUUACUGUCCUUCACCGGAUGCCGUCGUCGGACCAGCGGAUGAGCUUAUCACCGAUCUCUCUCCUUCCGUUUACAGGAGUUUCUCCUAUUCCGAGUAUUACGACAGGUUCUGGAACAGAGGACUUGCUAACGUUACUUGCUUGGACCUGUUCAAAGCCUCUUCUCAUUAAGUUCCUGUCUCGCAACAGAAA